CACACAAAAAGUUUGAAAAACAAAAAAAAAAGACAUCAAAGGUUUUAGAGAAGUGAGAAAAAUUUGUAGGCUGUAGACAUGGAGAAGUAUGAGAUGGUGAAGGAUUUGGGAUUUGGUAAUUUCGGAUUGGCUCGGCUUAUGCGUAAUAAAAAAACAAACGAGCUUGUGGCUGUCAAAUUCAUAGAUAGAGGAUACAAGAUAGACGAGAACGUUGCAAGAGAAAUCAUCAAUCAUGGAUCUCUCAAUCAUCCCAACAUUGUUCGGUUUAAAGAGGUUGUCUUAACUCCGACACAUCUUGGAAUUGUAAUGGAAUAUGCAGCUGGAGGAGAACUGUUCGAUCGGAUAUCAAGCGCAGGUCGAUUCAGCGAAGCUGAGGCUAGAUAUUUCUUUCAACAACUCAUUUGCGGAGUGCAUUACUUACAUGCAAUGCAAAUAUGCCAUAGAGAUCUGAAACUAGAAAACAUUUUGCUUGAUGGAAGUCCAGCACCCCGACUAAAAAUUUGUGAUUUUGGCUACUCAAAGUCUUCUAUUCUGCAUUCAAACCCUAAAUCAACGGUGGGGACUCCGGCAUAUAUAGCACCGGAAGUUUUCGGUCGUUCGGAAUAUGACGGGAAGAAAAUAAUGGCUGUUAAGUACAAGAUUCCAGGAUAUGUUCACAUAUCUGAAGAUUGCAGGAACUUGUUAUCUCGUAUAUUUGUUGCUAAUCCAUCACACAGAAUUACGCUCAAAGAUAUUAGGAGUCAUGCAUGGUUCCUAAAGAAUUUGCCAAGAGAACUAAAGGAGUCCGCACAAGCAGUCUAUUACCAAAGGAAUGUUAAUCUUAUUAACAUUUCUCCUCAAAGAGUAGAGGAGAUUAUGAAGAUACUUGGUGAGGCAAGAACAAUUCCAAACCUUCCACGCCCACUUGAAUCCCUUGGAAAUGAUGAAAAAGACGAUGUUGAUGAAGAGGAAGAAGAAUAUUUGGAUGCUAAUGAUGAAGAAUGUGAUGAUGAAUAUCCAUAGACAAAAAAGUUAUUUAAUGUUGUCAAAUUAUUAGAAGGACUUGUAAUUUUAUUUUUGAAUUUGAUUUUAAGUUAUUAAGUUAAG